UUUUUGUUUGUAUGCGUGGCAUGUUUUAGCAUAUGUGAAACAACAGUGAGUGAUAGUAUGGUAGUAGGAAACAAACCGAAACUAAUGUUUUAGCUGAAGUAGGAAAACACAGAUGGGCGGAAAAAUUGCGUGAAUUAAGUUUUAAAAAAUUGAAAGAGUUUACAGUGCGCAGAUGAAAACAAAAUAUAACAUAUUAAGAUCAACUAUAGUAUUAAAGCGUUGCGAAAUACCAAAACCCACGACAGUCCAGUCCACGUCAUCGCAAUAGACCCGAUUUUUUAUUAAUUUUAAUUCGACUAAGGAUUAUCAACUCGGCAGCAUUCUUAAAAAUUAUAUUCAGGAAUGGUUUCUGUAGCUAUAAUAAUAAUAACUAAUACAGAAUGGUAUACAAAAAAUCCUGUUCGUUCAUCAAUCUUUUGAAUGAAGAUUGGAUAAUAAAUAAUUAUUUUAUUCGUACUAUGGAAAGUAAGCUUUUGUUUUUCAUUAAUAUAAUUUUGUGAAAAAAGAAAGCUUAAAGAUUAGGGUAAAUCAUAACCCUCUCAGUCUGGAAGUGAGCUGCGAAACCAAUUAAUAUCUCAUGCAUCCUUAUACAACCGCAAGGUAUCAUGAAAAAGUAUUUGCCCUAGUUCGCACUUUAAAGUUUUAUAUAUUUCCCAAGCUUUUUAAUUAUAUAAUACGUAAUUAUUUUUUGGACAAAAAUAUAUUCUAAAACUAUCUAAAAUUUGUAUGAUAUUUUUAAAUGUUCUCUGUAAUGUAGAAGAAUAGAGUAUGAAUGUGAUGAGAUCGGAGACUGCGCAUUGUCAGUGCCGGAAUAUGAGUGGUGUUUUAUCAGCUGCAACAUCCGUUAGUUGUUUUGUGAAGGACUUCGUAUUGGUUCUCUACACGAAUCAAGUGCAUCUGCCAGCUGUUGCCAUAAUUCCUUCAUCUGUUGAGGCGUUUUUGGGCAAUUUUUCCCCGUACGCAUUUCUGGGUGUGCUUGGCAAAAUAAAACAUAUGCCUUCAGCUUCUCAUAUACGACGAGUUUUCGAUGGACAAUACGCGCAGUAUUUUCUUUUCUUGGAAGAGGAUGGUCCUUCGUUGUUGGGUGUUUCCGCAUGGAAAAGAGCUGCAAUACUGCAUCGCAAAUUCUUAGACAAAAUGAUCCAAUCAUGAGUUGUGCGGUUCACCACGAAUCAAUUUUUUUUUUUUGGAACGCCUGCAAAGAUUCUCUGUCACCGGCUCAUUUUAUAAUUUUUUUCUAUGAAACUUUCACAGAAUAUUUUUUAAAUAUCAUAUAAUUAUGCUAUAAUUAUACAAAUAAAUAAAUAUUGAUUGUAUCUUUAAAAAAAUCAUUGAAAAUAUGCUUUUUUCGCUCGAAUUAACCUUACUACCCCUUAAAUAGAUUGGAUAUGUAGUUUUUAGAAUGUAAAAUGAAACAUUGUACUUUGCUUAUACUGUCCGCCGUAAGUGGUCCCAAGAUGUAAUUCAUAGAUUGUAAGAUGAUCCAAAAAAUUCCCGUGUUAUAAUCACGAACGAGUAUCGGGAGAAGUGCGCGAAAAGUGAAAAAACAAAAUUAAAAUAUAAAAAAAAAACAAAUAAUAAACAAAAAUAAAAAAUUUUUCAAUAUGACAAAAAAACAGAAACAUAUACAACAAAAAGUCUGUAUGCAAACCCUCUUCUCUCCUCAGAUUAGAAAAAGAAUAAAGGCAAAAAGCAAUGAAAAAAAUUUAUUAAUUGAAAAACUUGACAAAUAAUAUAAACAAAAUAAAUAAAAGUAAAAGUUGAAGAAAAGUAUAAAAGAAACAAAAAACAUUGACACAUAACGAAAAAUUUUGUACACAAACCCUAAGACAAACACACAAAGAAACAUUUGUAGUUCAAUAUACAUCGUUAAGUUUAGUGUAAAAGCUUUAUAUUGUAUGAUAAAACUACAAAAGCACCAACAGCAAAUAGCUAGUGAAAUAUAGCAGCCAACAACAACAACAGCAAUAGCAAUAAAAGCAGAAAUAGCAGUAACAAAUUUCAAAGGCAGCAACAAAAUAGUUGUAAGUAACUACCUCUUAUAUUCAUUGAUUGCAUGGGAAAUAUUUAAUUCCUCUAGUAUUAAGUACAAAAUGUUCACUCUGAGUACUAUAAACAUAAUAAUCAUGCCACUCAAAACUGUCCGUGUUUAAAAAAGAAAAAAGUAUCAAAUAUAUACAUAUUAAGUUAAAUUAAAUCUUAAAAAUUUUAAAUGAAGACACGACCAGCCAAAUAUUUUUAAAAUUGCGAUUCACUACGGCAAGGGGGAGCCUCCGGUUUAUAACAUAAACUCAAUUCUGCGAUUCUGAACUUUAGACGCUCCAGAAUAAAUGAGUAUCUUUUUCUAGAAAGGAUCAAAACAAAUAUUUAAAUUAAGACAGCCAGCAAAAUAUAUGUUAUUUACAUAUUUUUUAUUCAUAUUAAUAGGAAAUUAUUACGAUAGAUUUAUGCAAAAAGAAAUUUAACCAUAUUUUUGUGAGUAUUGCUACAAAAACUUCAUUAAACUCACAAAUACGAGUAUAUAAAAAAAAACCAAUCAAUAAUUUUACUGUAGACGAUAUAGCUAGAUUAAUAGCUACACAAAUCACAAAUUUAAGAACUGAGAUAACUCAGUUGAGUCAGUAAUUACCCCCUAAACCAAAUACUAUUUACAUUAACACCUAUCGGUUUGCCAAAUGCUCUUGCUGAAGCACAAGAACUUCAUUCAACUUAAAUACGAUCACUAAAAACAACUAAUUUCAUGGAGUUCACGAAACCAGCCUCAAGCUAACCGAAGAUAUCCGAAUUUUCAGAAUAACUUAAGGUACCCCCAAAUGAAUAAUAAUUCAUACCAAAUGUAUUACAAUCACCCAAAACCCAUGGAAGUGGAUGAAUCAAUUCAAUUAAUAAAUAAAUCUAAUUAUGUGCAAAGAAACCAACCACAUGUUAGGGGUAACAGGUAUAAUUGGCAAACCAAUUAUCAGCCAACAAAUGUACCAAAAAGGUCAAUUGAAAGUGUACAAAUAAGCACAGAACCUCAACUAAAAAUUGAAAGAAUUAAUAAUAUUGGUGCGAACCAUUUUUUAGGGUAAACUCCGAUUUGCCAUAUGUUAUUAAAACCGAUAGGUCAUAUUUACAGGCUGGAAUUUAUAAUAAUAAAAACAUUUUUAAUUAAGAAGAGAGUUAGAACCAUUCAUGGUUCGACCAUUAUAAAACAUUUUCAUUUAACGUUUUUAUGAAAUUAACAAUUUAGAGAGCGAUCUUUUAAUUGGAACUAAUAAAAUCGGAGCGCCAAUUAAUAUGCCAAAUAGAAAAAUGAUUUAUGGGGAUAAUAAAACAGAGAAAAUAAAUUUUCUCAAUGAUUUAAUUAUACUAAACCCCUUGGGACAAAAAAGUCCUGAGGCACCCGUCAAUGAUAAUACUACGAAAAAUGAUACUAAGGAUAGAAAAAUUAACGAAGCAAAUGCUCACAACAUUUUAAAAAUAAAUAAUGUUGAAAUUUCUAACGAACUUACUGAUACGUAUAAAUAUAAUAAUAAUGAAACGAAGAUAUCAACCUUCAUGUUCAAAUAGCAUUGAACAUGCAUACUUAUCAGCAAAGCCGAAAUACAAUUCAAAAUAAAUAUCUAUCUUCAAACAUACAUACAUACAUAUGUAUGUACAAGUUAAUACAACACCUAUCAACAAUUCGGCAACAUAACUUGCGCAACUACUACAUAACUUACUGACUUAAGCAAAUCGCCGCAGCAGUUUCAGUAACAACGACUUGACUUCCGGCACGCGUACCCGAAAUGCUUACGCACAUUCACAAGCCAAUUCCUGGAAGUGCAUCACGCCACCACACUGCAGGUUAGACGGAAUUUAGGUAUAAAAUUAUGUUAAGCACUAAUUUUAGUUACAUUUUAUGUCAAUCAAUAAAGUAACGCGGUCGCGCUGCCAUCCAUGCAGCACCGUUGUUAAACGCGAAAACAAAUUUGUGUUUUUAGCUUUCUCAACGAGAGAAAGCUUAACUGGCGCCCGAGCAAAUUGCAAGCGAGCGUAAAGCUGUUUGUACUAAAAGUAAAGCCACCUGUAUCACGCGCCGUGUAAAAGUGUAAAAACUUAGCUAAAAAGUUAGGCGUAAAGCUACUUUGCUAAAAACAAAAAGCGUCGAUCGGUCGGUUCCUUAGUAGCUUAGGCAAAAAGGAGACAUUACGUGUCGGCCUAAGAUCGCGGAUAUAAAAAAAAAUUUAAACUAGAAUAAUAACAAAAAAUACUGUAAAAAAGUGUUGGACAAUAAAGAAGAAAAAUCUAUAUAAACAAUAUCCCUAAUCGAUCACGGAUAAAAUAAGAAGUGAAUGUGCAAAAAAGACUGUGAGAAAAAUCUAUCCUUAAACGAACAAAGGAUAGUAAAAAUAUUUGACUUUCAAUAAGAAGUGAACUAUAAAGCAAGUUCUGCGAGCAGCGUGAAAUUCUGUAUCGAAGUAGUCCUGCUACCAAAUCCUAUUGAGCAUUAUAAUCACACUAUCAACUCCAUCAAGAGAAGUUACAACAGCAUCAACAGCUUUAACUACAGAAUCCGUAACGAAGGAAGAAAAUACAAGCACAAAAGCAGCGCUACAAGCAGUGAGUCGGUGCUAUAUUUUUUAUUAUUUCUAAAUAUAUUUAUAAUUAUAUACAUAGUAUUUUGUAAAAAUGGCAAAUCCCAAUAACCUAGUUCGUCCACCAAUUCUUUCCUCAUCCCAAACUUCUGUCGCCCCCCCCCACAAUCUGCUCAGUUAUCAGUAGAUGAUUUGACUAGGCUAAUAUCGACAAUUGCCACACACAUACUUAGACAACAAGGACCACAGGUAGUACAGUCAGUACUUAACCCCCGUCCGUCGCAAGUAUUAGACCAACAAAUCGAGGUUAGACAUAGGAACAAUUUAGGGGAAUUAGAUAAAAUUCCUGACAUAGUUAAAUCUCUUAAGGAUUUUUCGGGACUGCCAGGAGAAUACAACUCCUGGAAGAAAGGUGUUGAUCGAAUUUUGGCCAUAUACGAGCCAUUGAAAGGACAACCAAAGUAUUUUGGCAUAUUAAGUGUGAUAAGAAAUAAAAUAGUCGGCAACGCCGACAUCGCCUUAGAAUCUUACAACACGCCGCUUGA